AUGGAACAUACAUUCACCUGUCAAGUGAAAGACCAAAGAAUCGAAAAAUCAAAACAAACUACGCUGGAGAUAACUCCAGGAGAUUACGUUUGUAAAGAUGCUGCAUUUGGUACUGGAAAUCUUGACCAGAUGUCCUUCGGUUCCUGUGAACGUGACGAGGUGGGAGAGAGGAAAGGAGUUUGUCAGGAAGAUGGAUCAUGGAGAGAAGUUGAAAACAACUGUAUCCUAGGACCGGUUCAGGAGCUGCUCCUGCAGUCUGACGUAAAAGCGACCACGGUGUCCUUGGGCAAGACACUUAACCCCGAAGUCACUCCUGCUGCUUACACGGCGGCAUAUGAAUGUCCAAAGCACACCGCCUCUAACCGUGCCAAGGCCAAGAACAUGUACGGAUUGCCUAGUUCACUGCCAGGUUUCUUGGACACACUCAGCGAUGUCACCGUCAACUUCACUGAGGAAGUGGUUAAAUCUCCCACAAACAUAAAUGCCAUUGUUGAUAUACUCAGCAAUGUUGCAAAUACAUCCCUACCUAUUAAUAGUGACUUAGCAAAGGAUAUCCUUCUCACUGCAGGUGUCCUCACCACAGAUGGUGCAAGGGAAACCUGGGAGUCCCUGAACAAUGACACAAGAAAUGCCUCACAGACAGGAAGAAGCUCCACAUUCUUGCAGUCACUGGAGACUAUAACAGGUCUCAUUAAUGUCUCUUUAGCAAUUGACACACCUUCUAUUCUCUUAAACAAAACUACAUUCACAGACUCUUUCAAUGCCAGCUUUAAUUCUUCAGUGACGAUAGUUAUAUCAGAACCUGGUGAAGGAGAGAAUAUCACUGUGAUGACAUUUGCUUCAAUGGAUAACGUUCUCCCCGUGAGAUACAAAAAGACAAAUUCCUCCAGAUUUGACAUCAAUGGGAGAGUCGUUCUUGUUCAGACCAGCAUUGGAAACAGCCCCAUUAAUAUUUCCUUUACAUUUAACCUCACUAACACUUCACUGGUGGACCCACAGUGUGUAUUCUGGAACUUCAGCCUCUUUGAUGAUCGGGGGGGAUGGGACAACGAAGGCUGUAUGCUUGUAGAAAUUAAAAAUGGAAGCGUCACCUGCAACUGCAACCACCUGACCUCCUUCUCCAUCCUUAUGUCGCCCUUCGUUAACUGCGAAGUGUGUUCUCUGAUAACAUUUAUUGGAGUUGGCAUAUCCAUGGCCUCCUUGGUCAUAUGCUUAAUAAUUGAGGCUGUCAUAUGGAGAAAAAUUAGAAGGAACACCACAUCUUACCUGCGUCAUGUCUCCAUUGUUAACAUCGCCGUGUCUCUCCUGAUUGCAGACAUUUGGUUUAUUAUAGGGGCUUCUAUUUCAGAAGCAUCGGGUGAUAACCGUGACGCAUGCUCUGCAGCUACAUUUUUCAUCCAUUUUUUCUACCUAGCCAUGUUCUUCUGGAUGUUAGCCUCAGCCCUCCUGUUGCUUUACCGCACAGUCAGUGUCUUUGAUGGAGGUUUGUCCAAAAGAUCUAUGCUGGCUAUUGGAUUCUCUGUAGGCUACGGAGGGCCUAUUAUCAUUGCGGUCAUAACUAUAGCUGCCACUGCACCCAGUGAAAGGUACACACAAGGUAUAUUCUGCUGGCUCAACUUUAAAGAGUCCCUCGCCAUAAUAGCCUUUGUGUUGCCUGCUCUGACGAUAGUGCUGUUUCACCUCAUCGUCUUGAUUGUGGUAUUAUUCAAAAUGCUGAGGAGAAGGGCAGUGACAGACUCUGCCCAAGCAGGUCAGAGGAAUGUUUUAUUGCUUAUUGCAAGGACCCUGGCUGUCCUCACACCAUUAUUUGGAUUAACUUGGGGUCUGGGAAUUGGAACCCUGGCCGACCCAGAAAAUCAAGGCAUCCACAUUGCUUUUUCAUUCUUCAAUUCACUGCAGGGUUUCUUCAUAUUGGUGUUUGGACUGCUGCUGGACAAAAAGGUGCGGUCAGAAAUAGCAAUAAAGUCACAGAUAUCUGGAAGUGGCACCAGGAGCACCAGUGCUGGAAACUCAUCGAGUGCAUUUGGAUUUCUCCGGCUCUGGAGACGAGGAAGAGAUGGUAACAACAUCUCAUCCAACGACUCUAAUGUGACUCAGUCUCUCAACACUUAAUAAUGUUUGCAGAGCACUUCAACCAGUCCACUCUGAAAGACAACCAACGGAGCUCGACCCUUUUUCUCCAACGUUACGACAACUAAUCAUGAAUACGGUUUUCUUUUUAAAGCUGCUGCACAGCUUACAACUCUGUUAUACAUACAAGCAUUUAUAUAUAUAUUAUUACAUUAAUUUAUGUUGGAUAAAUAGUAUUAUUUUCUUUGAGAAAGGAGUUUCAUGUACUUGCUAUAGGUCAGGAGAUAUACUCUGGAAAAUGUGUGUCGUCAUUCUCAUUUCUGACCACUAGAGGCAGAAGUGCACCGAUAUUUUCUUUCAGGUCCAUAUGGUUCUUGAUGCACUUAAAAAAACAAAACAUGUAGCUACAUAUAAAAGGCAUUAAUCUUAAUAAGUGAUCUUAUAUUACUGUGUUUUUGUCAUAUAAUAAAUACUUUUUGAAUGCAGAGACUUUAAUAACCUGUUUUACACACACACACACACACACACACACACACACACACACACACACACACACACACACACGUGUGGUGGUGACUGAGUCUGCAGAGACUUUGUCCUCUGACUGGAUUUUGAUGUUUUGGUUUGCUUUUGUUGACUCUGGCUGGUUCUGGGUG